UAAUUAGUUACUAGUAGUUUCAGGCUUUGGCCAGAUCAGUGGUGCUGUUGCUACCCUGUUAGUUCUUGCUUCAGCUCUUUGCCUUUCGCUUUGCUGUGCAGUAAAAUGCCGGAGCCAGGCAUUAUUUACUUGAAUCGCCCUCCACCGUUUAUGAAGCCACAGAAAAUAAAGCAUAUUUUCUCGGCGCACGGCGAACUUGGCCGAGUAUUUAUGCAGCCUGAAGAUGAGAAGUUCAGAAAGAGACGUGUAAAGGAGGGUGGAUCAAAGAAGAUCCGCUACCUUGAGGGAUGGGUGGAGUUUAAGGACAAGAGAGUUGCGAAGGCUGUUGCUGCCACUUUGAACACUACGCAAAUAGGUGGCAAGAAACGUAGCAUGUACUACGAUGACCUCUGGAAUAUAAAAUAUCUAAGCAAAUUUCGGUGGAGUGACUUGAGCGCGAAGAUCGGGUAUCGGAAGGCAACUGCACAAAAGCAAGCAUAUGUGGAAAUCAGCCAAGCGAAGCGCGAAAACGAAGUGUAUGUGCAGAGCCGGGACAAGGGCAAGGCUCUUGCAGCAAUUAUCGGAAGAAAGCUGAAGCGCAAGCGGGAAGAGGCUGAUGAAGGUCAUGAGGAGGGACAUAGAGUAUGUGCCGACAAGGAUACACCCAGUCUGGCAGAAGCUGCUGCUGCUGCGUCUGCUUGGACAUACAAGCAACCUGCCGCUGCGCCGAAACGCCGGAAAAGUAACAUUUACAAGGUAUUGGGCGGGGAUGACUGAUAGUUCUCCUGAAACAACCAAUCCGUCAUGGCCAUAGCAUGUCUUUGCUCUUCCACCGCGGCCUUUGCUGUAAAUAUUUGCUAUGCUUUCUGAAACGCUGUACAUUUAUCUUGCUGUAGAUUGCUUUGCGGUCACCCUACCCAGUCCCAGUGACUAUUAUAAAUAUUUAAAGUUGCUCUGCUUACUGUACAUUUAUCCUGCUUUCUGCUCUGCUUACUGUACAUUAAUCCUGCUUUCUGUAUAUACUUAUGCAUACUCUGUCCAGCGAAAAAUGACUGCCAUGGUCUGUAUAAAUAAUUAUUAAUGAUGUAGCCUUUUUUCCCCUCUCUUUGAUGAAUACAACUGAUCUUGAUGAGUCUCAUCUCCCGAUAUUGGUGUGCCCAUCCAUGUGUGUGCUGAGCUGCAUACCACAUGAUCGCUAAUGCCAGUGAUGGCGCAUUCGCACAUGGUGAUUAGCUGUUAGGCCCGGCCAGACUGUUACACGGCAGAGAUCGACUGCCAAUUGGACCAUUUUUAAAGUAAGCCUUUUGAUUAAGCCAAUCCUAAUUGUCAUAACUGCGUAAGUAACUGUUGUGAUGUGGAA